AUCAAGUCAAUCAAGUAGUCUCGGAAAUCAAAUAAUAGUAUCUUCAUUUUCUAUAGUUCUAGAGGUUUCUUCUCUUCUCUUUGCAUCUCCAAUGGCGUCCGAUCUCGAAAGAAAGGCCAAAGAAGCCUUUGUCGACGAUCACUUUGAGCUUGCCGCCGACCUCUUAACUCAGGCCAUUGGUCUAGACCCUAACAGCGCCGAGCUUUACGCUGACCGUGCCCAAGCCAACAUCAAACUUCGCAAUCUCACUGAGGCUGUUGCUGAUGCGAACAGAGCUAUUCAGUUGGAUCCUUCGAUGGCCAAAGCUUACUUGCGAAAAGGGACUGCGUGCAUAAGGCUUGAAGAGUAUCAGACAGCUAAGGCAGCCUUAGAGAUUGGUGCUUCUUUGGCCCCCGAAGACCCUAGAUUUACUAAUUUGAUCAAAGAGUGUGAGGAGUGCAUCGCAGAUGAGACUGAUAAUCUGCCAAAGCACGCAUCAGAAGCUCCUGAAAAUGUUGUCCCAAUGGAGGAUGUUCAGCCAGUGAAUGACCAUAUCAGCAAGGUGCCAAUAAUAACUCCAUCCAAACCAAAAUACAGGCAUGAAUUCUACCAGAAGCCUGAAGAAGUGGUUGUGACUAUAUUUGCAAAGGGCUUGCCAGCCAGCAGUGUUGCUGUCGACUUUGGUGAACAAAUACUAAGUGUCAGCAUCAACGUUCCUGGUGAAGAUGCAUACCAUUUUCAACCUCGCUUGUUUGGGAAGAUAAUACCUGCAAAAUGCAGAUAUAAUGUUUUGUCUACAAAGGUUGAAGUACACCUUGUGAAGGCUGAUCCCAUACACUGGACGUCUCUUGAAUUUAGUAACGAAAUAACAGUUCUACAAAGGGUUAAUGUGUCCUCAGGUACCGGGUCACAUAGACCUUCCUAUCCUUCCUCAAAACCAAAACGUACUGAUUGGGACAGACUCGAAGCUGAAGUGAAGAAGGAGGAGAAAGAUGAAAAAUUAGAUGGUGAUGCAGCUUUGAAUAAAUUUUUCCGGGACAUAUAUCAAGAUGCUGAUGAAGACACAAGAAGGGCAAUGAAAAAAUCUUUUGUGGAGUCAAAUGGGACUGUGCUGUCCACAAACUGGAAAGAAGUGGGUUCUAAGAAGGUGGAAGGAAGUCCUCCUGAUGGUAUGGAGAUGAGAAAAUGGGAAUAUUGAGGUCGUGGUUUAAGUAAAUCUUUGUAUUGUAUCAUUCUCUUUUGCGAUUUUGGUUCAUUGGGUGUGUUCUCUCUCUUUUUUCUUUUUUUUUUCUUUUUUUUUGUUUUAGUCCCUGUUGAUUUAGACUUUUAAAAAAACAGUUUUAGGUCGACAUUGUGUUUCUCGCGUUUCAGCAAUACAUAUGUUGUUUAGAAUGGACGAAACUGUUCUUAUGAUAUGUGUCUGAAAACUUGACUGCCAUGAUUUACCAGCUCUUUUGUUUGAUA